ACGAUCACAGCAAAGGUGCAGGCGUGUUGUGAUAUCGCUGAAGGAAAGAAGCCAGGCUGCUCCAUGGCCAACCAACCCGUAUGCGAUCGAUGGUAUAUCGUCACUGCCGCAGUUUUUAUAUCAGUUUGUAGUUUCGUGGGCGUGGUCUCCAACUGCCCGACCGAGUCGGACGCCAAAAGAUGCCUGGGUGACGUCGGCAUGAGCCUUAAUGACCUUCGGAUGAGGCGUCUAUUUGGCAGCAACAAUUCCUCAGUAAUAGAACCUAUUUGCAGCUCGGCCAACAUUCCCGGUGCCAUGGAGUGCAUGAAGGUGGCGAUCCGUUACUGCCGUCAAGAAGUGGAGUCACCGCAUCUCAGACUCAUUCACCUAGAGGGAUAUAAAAAGGCCAUGAUUUACACCUGUCACAAUAUAGACAUUUACAGGGAGAAAGUCGAGCCUUGUAUUCUCGACCCCAGGAGUGGAAUAGAGAGAGUGAAGUGUUGGAAGACGCAAGCGAAACAAGCCAAGGCCCACCUAGAACUCAACAAGGCCACGUCGGACUCCAGGGCCAUACUUUGCACGGACCACCGGCUGAUUGAGUACUGCACCGACGUCGCCUACAGAAAAGCCUGCGGGGGACAAUCAGCCGACUAUCUGCGCCACGUCGCUAUCUUGACCGAGCCAAGCAGCUGCGACCGCGCGACUGACCGCGGCUACUGUCCUCCCCCACUGCCCCCACACCCGCUGAUCGAAGGAAAGACAACCACGAAGAGGACACCAUCCGAGGAGGACGACAAGACGGUUUAUGGAGGCAGCUCAGAGGCAAAGAUGGACGGGAUACGGAUGUUUAUUAUCAUACUAUUUUUGUUGUUGUCUCUACUGUGAGAAAUUUCAGUGAAAUGGCUAGGGUCAUUGUGACUUUUGUUUCUUUUUCUGAUGGAUAGGAGUGAGAAUUGAAAAUUCGUGAAAGGUUGGUUGGUUUUUCUCUUUCCCCGCACGACCACUGCAUUAAAAAUGACCGGGGAGUGGCACGCUCUUCAGCCAGAAAAGUACAGCUGCGGCGGUUUUUUACCGACGGUUUUUCUGAUGCGGUCAGCAAACUUCAACCUCGGUGACGACACACAUUGGUCGUUGACAUUGACCAUGAGGCAGGGCCCUCUUUUUCUGGUACUUGCUAUUCCGAAAUGAUGUUUUGAAUAGGUGAUUGUGAUUUGGUUAGCAUGACGACAGAGAUCACUUCUACAGGGUGGCCCAGAAAUAUUUCCCCUCACACAGUGGAUACACAAUAGAAUUCUAUUGAGCAAGGGAAAAUAACCAUUGAUAAGUGUAGUUCACUUUAGACUGACGACGCAGGAGUACUGCAAACUCGGCCCUGUCCCGGUCUUCAGUUAGUGCAUGAAAUACUAAGCGUCCAACUGAAAGACAAUGCGCAUCUUUAGUUCAAAUAUACACUUAGGCGCCAUGUUUUUUAUUGACAUUUAAGAAUUGCAUAUUGAGUGAUUUAGCAAGUGAAAAAUAGUCUUGUCUUGACCUUGUCUUGUGAAUUAUCCAUAAAUCAUGAUAUUGAAACCCAACAAUGUACAUGUAACAAGCUGAGUUUGAAUUUUUAAAUUCUUAAAUCUCGUUCCUGUUGUUGCAAAUGAUUAUCCAUAUUCGUUUAUAAAACGUAUAAUUGGUGAGUGUGAAUAAA